AGAUUAAGAGCUGUGACUGCAGGUGAGCCAGGAACCCUGUGUGGCAUGUUUGUAGGUGGGGACAGGCCUGGGCUACGGAUGGGAAAAAAGCAUAGUCCCACAUUCUUGACCAGAAAGGCUAAGGCAGGCUGGUUUCACCCUUGUGGCCUGGCAGCCUGGAUAACUAUUGGGUGUGAGGGGUGGGUUCAAAGGAGAGGAGCAAGAGCUUCUGUUAGGUUGAGGGACUGGAGACUUGUCCCAGGGCUCCGUCUCUGAGCUUUCCUUUGUGCAGUGAAAUGUAACCUUCUAAAGUUGUCAGUGAUUGUUAACCUGUCAGGUCAAAAAAAGGUAGUCUCCACAGUAGUUGAAUUUUCCUUUUUUAUUCAUUUCUUCUCUUUUUCCACUUUUAUAAGCAACCAUUAUGUUCCUUUCUUGUUUGAUCUUUAAUUCAUUUGUCCAUUGUUUUAACUUUUAAAUUCUUCCUGUCAACCAUUAAAAUGAACGUGGAGGUUAAAAAAUGUUUUAAGUGCUAUUUUUUAUUUCUUCAGCUUUAUAGGGAGGAAAAUACUCUUAUACUCAUGAUAUAAGAGGCAUUUAACAGAUUCCUGUAUCCAAUUUUCUUCAUACCCAGGGAAUACCCUCAUUUUGAAUAUGCAGAAUGCAAACCAUCUAUGGAGUGGUCAAAGAAAAUUAAUUAAUUUUUAAAGAAAAUUAUUUUUUCCUCUCAUCCUUUAAAAAUGUAUAUUUUUGUGUAUGGUUUGUGUUGCUGUAAUGGUAGUACAUGUACAUAAUUUACAAAUGUACCUGGGAGUGCAUGCCCCAAAUUUCUUAUAAAUAGUGUGGCAUGAUCAGCACAGUGUGGAGCACCAUUCUGGGGCACACCAAGACCUCAAGUGUUGAGGGCUCUCCUGUCCGUGGUCUGUCACAGGAGUCAGCAAGUUGAGAAUGACAGGGGCUUGGAACAGCCUGGAACACAGUAAGCACUGUUAUCCUAUGUACCUUAGGCACUGUUGUUAUUUCCUAAAGACACUUAUUUGUGCUUAAUUUCUCCCCAGUGGAUUAGAAAUGCUCACGUAUAGACAUGUAGUAAAUCAAGAUUUUUCUUUCCAGUGAAAGUAUGAAUUAGAAAACAGAAGUCAGAGCUAAAGAAAAGAUGAAGUAAGGGCUCAGGUUCAUAUGAGUUUAUUCAUUUUUCCUUUAUGAAAGUUUUGUUAGUUUUAUUUUUGAGUUUCCUGACAGCCAGUGGAAAGAGAGAAACAUCAUCAAUCAUGUAAGGUGAUGUCUGUAAAGACAAAACUAUACUCUCCUGCUUGUUGAACCUGGAGACUGACACUGCCUUGUGGGUCAUCAGAUUUGAGUCUGAGUCUCCUGCACUUGCACCUCUUGAUUUCCCCAUAGCUCCAAAAGAAUUCUGUGAGUAGCACAUAUUUAAUCUCACUGACCCUUAGUUCCUGAAUGAUUCUGGAUGCACACUGUAAUCAGUUUCUUUUCUUUCUUUCUUUUGUACCCCCUCCCGGGAUUGAACCCAGGAGUACUAACCACUGAGCAACAUCUCUUUUUUAUGUUUUAUUUUCAGAUAGUCUUGCUAAGUUGCUUAGGGUCUUGCUAAGUUGCUGAGGCUGGCCUUGAACUCACAAUCCUCCUGCCUCAGCCUCCUGAGCCAUUGGGAUUACAGGUGUGCACCACUGUACCCGGCUUAUUUGCUUCUUUCUUUUUACUUCUUUAAAAAAUUACUUAUUUAUUCUAAUUUGUUAUACGUGACAGUAGAAUGCAUUUCAAUUCAUGGUUCUCAUAUAGAGCACAUUUUUCAUGCUUCUAGUUGUACACAGAGUCACAUCAUUCGUGUCUUCAUACAUAUACUUAGGGUAAUAAUGAUGUCCCUCUCAUUCCACCAUCUUUCUUACCCCCAUGCUCCCUCCUUCUCCCUCCCUCCCCUUUGCCCUAUCUAAAGUUCCUCUGUUAUUUUCUUCUUUUAAAUUUAUAAUUUGAUUUAGAUUCCACCAAACUGCUUCCUUGUCCCUGAACCUACAUUGGAUUUUUUUUCUUUAUUUGAUUUUAAGUUUAUAGUCAGUAUAGAAAAAACCUUCAAAAGGUGAAGAGGAGGUGAAGCAAAGCUGAGAAGGAGAAGGAAAAAGUUUAAUUGCAGAGCCUAACAAUGCAUUAUGACUGAGUGUGACUGUUCUUAACAAGGCAGGCUUCACGAGCUGCAGGCUGUUUUUUAGUCACAGACACUUAAGGGACUCCUUUUAUGUGUUGUGCAUAUGCAAGCAAAGAGGGCUUCAAAUGUGCAGUGGGGAGUACUGGUGCUGGCUGUGCCUCCAACCACAUGCAAUCAAUUUCUCCUGAGUCUGUCUCCCUAGCUGUAAAGUAGGGUGGAUGGUUCCCAGCCUGACCACCUCUUUUCACUGGUGGUGGUGAUCAUGUGUGUGCCCUAAUGACUUAAGAAAGUGCUUUGGAAAUCUUUCAUCUCUGUGCACUAACAGUCUGGUUAAAUGUACUGUUACUGCAGAAGAAGAUAAGACAUGGUCCCUGGGGCUAAAGGAAUUUUCCAGCUGCAUAAAGAGUGAGAAGUAGCAAGUGUGAAUCAACAAGCAGUAAGAAGUGGGGCUUAGCAUUGCACGGUGAGGCACAGCCUAGUCUGAUGGAAAGGCUGGCAAGUCCCUCGUGUUACGGAAUCCUACAUGUUGGAAGAGUGGCUGAGACCAGUUUGGGGAAUAAUGAUGAGCCCUAAUCAGCAAAAAAUGGCACCUCUAUCAGUUGAAGGAAUAAAAUGUUAGAAUUUUUGAGUCAUUAGGAAACAUUAUCCAGUCUGUGAAAGAUGUCAAAUAGCACUUAUUUUUUAGAGAUUUUUUUUUUUAAGUCUUCAUUGUUAAGAUAUGGCCCUGGUGAAGUGGGGAGAGAGAGAGAAAAUAUACAUUUUCAAAAGUGAUUAUUUAAAUCAAUUAGGUUUGAAUUUUGGUUAGUCUAGAUGAAAAAUGGUUAUUUUUGAGUAGCCUGUUGUUCACUGUGAAAAUCGGCUUUCCUGUCUUGGAGCCUGGGGAGCUGCCCUAUUCAGUGUGCUUCUUAGGUUUUUCAUGGAAACGAAACCCAUAGGCCUUUAUCUAGUUAGUGCUGAGCUGAGCUGAAAGUCUGUUGUCUGAGCUUUAGGCUGUGUGGGCUAGAUCUGGUAUUCAGAUCCCAGGGAGGGGUACUUGUGGGGUCAGGUGAUCUCACUGGGGCAUCUUUGUGGGCUUCAGAGCCUCACUGCCUCAGCGCCCUGGUCCUGGUGAGUAUGAACCCUAGACCACCUCUCUAAUGUGAUUUCCUAUGGGCAGUGGAGGGCUGCCUCUUCCUCACGAUAGUCUUCUGCUCCUGACCUGGUUAUGUCUUCCUUUUGAAAUGGCUACCCCAUCUGGGAAUUCUCUUCUCAGCCAGGGUUCCUGCAGCCUGGGGCCUUCUUCACCUGUCUACUUUCUCUCACUGCCGGGAUCCACGUGUUUCUACCUGUCAGAUCCUGGGCACCAUGUAGAGCCCUUGCUCCAUGGUGAGAAUUAGAUAGUCAGCCUGCCUUGUAACCCCACGAACCCUGGCCAGGCUUCCCCAGUUGUCCCUAACAGCUUCCUGGGGCCCUGCAGCUGCAGCCCUGCUGUUCGUAUUAUUACUUGUAAUAGGAAGUGGAGGGGUCCAAAUUCCAGUUGCCACUUCUUGAGGUCCUGAUUAGGAUUCAGAUUCUUGGGGCUUUGGUUCCAAAAGCAAAUGAGGAAAAGCAUCACUUAGACAUUCUGUUUUUCACCUUACAAUUUAGGAGCCUCCAAAUGUGACAGCCAUGACCAUAAAACCAAGCAAAUCACCACGAGUCUGGAACUUUCCUCUCUCAUGUAGAUAUUGGGAUAGCCUGGAAACCUAACUUAUUACAGCAUGUCUCAGAAAAGCAUUCAGAGUUCCAAACAUUGGACUUAACAACAAUCUGUAUUAAUAAGGACUACCUAUAUUUAUGCUUUCAACUUAUUAACAGUUACCAUUAAUAAUGAAUUGCCAUAAAUAAACAAUAAACUCAUUAAUAAAGCAUUCCUGUAAAGCAUUAGCACAGUCUCUGGCAUAUAGUAAACCUUCAGUAAAUGUUGGCUGUUGCUGUUAGCACCACCACCAUCACCUCUGGCAUUUUUAUGAUGGAAAGAAUCAUAUUCGCUACACUUAAGUUCAUUUAAAUGGUCCAUUUAAAAACACAAUGGCUGCAAUUGAUUCCAAAGAGAUGGAGGUGGCUCAUUAAUGCUAGAACACUUGGAAAUGCUUGAAUAACAGUGACGGGCACCCUUGCUGUAAGAUAGACCCCAUCCCAAAUCAGCUUAGCUUUGAACCAGUAGCAGUGAGGUUAGUGAGGCGUAGUGUGUCUGACCACAAGUGGAGUGGAAGUGUGUUCAUUUGCUCUUUCACUCAGUAAGCAAACAUUUGUUGAGUUGCUUGCUGUAUUCCAGAGCUAUACUGUCCAGAAAAGGAAAAGAUCCAGUUGCCACAGACACUCUAUGGAGGCUUCUACGUCAUGUAGGUGGGGUUUUCACAUGGUUAGAUGACCAGAGGGAAAUGGGUCCAGGCUGCAGUAGCAAGGACAGUCCUAGAAUUGCAACAGGAUGUCCUGUGGUCACGGCGAGGAAGUUGUGUUGUCUUUACUUCUGAACCUUAAAGAGCAUUGUAAAAAUAAAGCCAAACCCCUUUAGUCCCUUUGAUCCUCAAUAACUGGCUCUCCGAACCAAUGCACCCGUCUGCUGAUACAGCGGCUCAUCGUGGUGUGUGGAAGACGCCGCGCCCUCCAGGCUGCCGGGUUCUGAGUGCACUUUGGCACUCAUACCCCCGUUCGCCAGGCUCAGAGUCAGAGGCCAGGGCUGCGAAGAUCCAAAUAGAGAAUGAGGAGACAUGGCCCCUGUCCUCCAGGACACAAGCCAGCGUUAGGUCAACAGUGGGGCAGGGUGAAUGGCCCAGGUGACCUGUGGUUCAAGGGGAUCCCGUACAGCUCUGCAUCUGUAAAUUAGGAGUGGCUGUUUGUAGAAGCUGUAUAGGCCACAAUUACAAGUUCAUCCGAAAAUGAUGACCGGAGUGGCUCCAGUUUGGAAUGGAAUAAGGAUGGAAGCCUAAGGUUAGGGGUUCAGAAGGGAGUGCUUCAUGAUCGCAGGGCAGAUAACUGCUCCCCAGUGGCAGAAGAGGAGACCACUGGGUCAGCGGAGAGCGUGCUGCCCAAAGCGGAAUCCUCAGCUGGAGAUGGUCCGGUCCCUUAUUCUCAGAGCUCCAGCUCGCUAAUAAUGCCACGGCCCAACUCAGUUGCAGCCACAAGCUCUACCAAAUUGGAAGACCUGAGUUAUUUAGAUGGGCAGAGAAAUGCUCCUCUACGGACUUCAAUUAGAUUACCGUGGCACAAUACGGCUGGAGGUAGGGCACAGGAAGUUAAAGCACGAUUUGCUCCCUACAAGCCGCAAGACAUUUUGUUGAAACCCCUGCUGUUUGAAGUCCCAAGCAUCACAACAGACUCCGUGUUUGUGGGAAGGGAUUGGCUCUUUCACCAGAUUGAAGAAAACUUGAGGAACACAGAGCUGGCAGAAAAUAGAGGAGCAGUGGUUGUUGGAAAUGUGGGAUUUGGGAAGACGGCAAUCAUUUCCAAGUUGGUGGCGCUGAGCUGCCAUGGGAGCCGCAUGAGGCAGAUUGCUUCCAACAGCCCCAGUUCAUCACCUAAAACAGCAGAUCCCACCCAGGACCUUCCUUUCACUCCAUUGCUUUCACCGAGUUCUUCUACAAGUGGCCUCAAUACUACCAAAACACCUUCAGGGCCUGGUACUUCUGAAAACCAGAGACCAAGAGAGGAGGCGGUGAAAUACCUGGCUUCUAAGGUGGUGGCCUACCACUACUGCCAGGCUGACAACACGUACACAUGCCUGGUGCCUGAGUUUGUGCACAGCAUUGCCGCUUUGCUCUGCCGGUCCCAUCAACUGGCUGCCUACAGAGACCUUCUGAUAAAGGAACCUCAGCUGCAGAGUAUGCUGAGCCUCAGAUCCUGUGUGCAGGACCCCGUGGCUGCUUUCAAGAGGGGAGUGCUGGAGCCGCUCACCAGCCUGAGAAAUGAGCAGAAAAUUCCUGAAGAAGAAUACAUUAUUUUGAUAGAUGGCUUAAAUGAAGCUGAGUUUCAUAAACCUGAUUAUGGAGAUACACUUUCUUCAUUUAUUACCAAAAUUAUUUCUAAAUUUCCUGCCUGGUUGAAGUUGAUUGUGACUGUAAGAGCAAAUUUUCAGGAAAUCAUAAGCGCACUGCCAUUUGUCAAGCUUUCCUUAGAUGACUUCCCAGACAACAAAGACAUUCACAGCGACCUGCAUGCCUACGUGCAGCACCGAGUGCACAGCAGCCAGGACAUCCUCAGCAACAUCUCCCUGAAUGGCAAGGCAGAUGCUGCGCUCAUCGGGAAGGUCAGCAGCCACCUGGUGCUGCGGAGCCUCGGCUCCUACCUUUACCUCAAACUCACCCUGGACCUCUUCCAGAGGGGACACCUGGUCAUUAAAAGCGCCAGCUACAAGGUGGUGCCCGUGUCUCUGUCCGAGCUCUAUUUGCUGCAGUGCAAUAUGAAGUUCAUGACCCAGUCAGCCUUUGAGAGAGCACUUCCGAUUUUAAACGUGGCCCUUGCGUCCCUCCACCCCAUGACGGAUGAGCAGAUUUUUCAGGCUAUUAAUGCCGGCCACAUCCAAGGCGAGCAGGGCUGGGAAGACUUUCAGCAGAGGAUGGAUGCCCUCUCCUGCUUCCUCGUUAAGAGGAGGGACAAAACGCGCAUGUUCUGCCACCCAUCCUUCAGGGAGUGGCUGGUCUGGAGAGCAGAUGGCGAGAGCACAGCCUUCCUGUGUGAGCCCAGGAGCGGACACGCUCUCCUGGCGUUCAUGUUCUCUCGACAGGAGGGCAAGCUGAACCGCCAGCAGACCAUGGAGCUUGGCCACCACAUCCUGAAGGCCCACAUUUUCAAGGGCCUCAGUAAGAAGACUGGAAUCUCCUCUAGCCAUCUGCAAGCCCUGUGGAUAGGGUACAGCACUGAGGGUUUGUCUGCUGCCCUUGCCUCUCUCAGGAAUCUCUACACUCCCAACGUGAAGGUGAGCCGGCUCCUGAUUUUGGGAGGGGCCAACGUGAACUACAGGACAGAAGUGUUAAAUAAUGCCCCCAUCCUGUGUGUCCAGUCUCACCUGGGCCACGAGGAAGUUGUUACUCUGCUCCUGGAAUUUGGGGCCUGCCUGGACGGGAUGUCAGAGAACGGCAUGACUGCACUCUGCUACGCAGCAGCUGCUGGCCACAUGAAGCUGGUGUGUCUGCUGACCAAGAAGGGGGCACGGGUGGACCACUUGGAUAAGAAAGGCCAGUGUGCACUCGUCCACAGCGCGCUGCGAGGCCACGGUGACAUUCUCCGGUAUCUGCUGACCUGUGAGUGGUCAGCAGGUCCUUCCCAGCCCGCCCUGAGGAAGAGCCAAGCCCUGCAGCAGGCACUGACAGCAGCUGCCAGCAUGGGCCACAGUGCGGUGGUCCAGUGCUUGCUGGGAAUGGAAGAGGAACAUGAAAUAGAAGUCAAUGGCACCGACACGUUGUGGGGAGAAACAGCGCUGACUGCGGCCGCAGGAAGAGGGAAGCUGGAGGUCUGUGAGCUGCUGCUGGAGCGUGGAGCUGCCGUAUCUCGGACGAACAGGAGAGGGGUCCCCCCUUUGUUUUGUGCAGCACGCCAGGGGCAUUGGCAGAUCGUUAGGCUGCUGUUGGAACGCGGCUGUGAUGUGAACCUGAGUGACAAGCAGGGCCGGACACCCCUCAUGGUGGCUGCCUGUGAAGGGCACUUAAGCACCGUGGAAUUCCUCCUUUCAAAAGGUGCCACCCUUUCUUCUCUGGACAAAGAGGGUCUGUCCGCGUUGAGCUGGGCUUGUCUGAAAGGCCACAGGGCAGUGGUCCAGUAUCUGGUCGAAGAAGGAGCUGAGAUAGACCAGACGGACAAGAACGGCCGUACUCCCCUGGACCUGGCCGCCUUCUAUGGCGAUGCCGAAACUGUGCUGUAUCUUGUCGAGAAGGGAGCCGUGAUUGAGCAUGUGGACCACAGCGGAAUGCGUCCCUUGGACAGAGCCAUUGGUUGUCGAAACACCUCUGUCGUGGUUACACUACUCAGAAAAGGAGCCAAGUUAGGAAAUGCUGCCUGGGCGAUGGCCACUUCCAAACCUGAUAUCUUGAUUAUACUUUUACAGAAAUUAAUGGAGGAAGGAAACAUGAUGUACAAAAAAGGGAAGAUGAAGGAGGCAGCCCAGCGGUACCAGUACGCCUUAAGAAAGUUUCCUCGAGAAGGAUUUGGAGAGGACAUGAGACCUUUCAAUGAACUAAGAGUUUCCCUUUAUCUCAAUUUGUCUCGAUGCCGAAGAAAAACAAACGACUUUGGCAUGGCAGAAGAAUUUGCUUCCAAGGCUCUGGAAUUGAAACCCAAGUCCUAUGAAGCCUUUUAUGCUAGAGCAAGAGCGAAGAGAAAUAGCAGGCAGUUCGUGGCAGCUCUGGCUGACUUGCAGGAGGCUGUGAAACUCUGUCCCACCAAUCAGGAAAUCAAGAGGCUCCUGGCCCGUGUAGAAGAGGAGUGCAAGCAACUCCAGAGGAACCAGCAGCAGAAACAGCAGUGCUCCCCUCCAGCUGCACCCGGUGCCUCCGAUAAUGAAGAUAAUGAGGAGGACACCCUAACCCCUGGGUUAAAGGACCACUUUCACUUCGAUGAGGCCGAAGAGGAGGAAACUUCUCCACAGGAAGAAUCCAUUUCCCCGACUCCCAGGUGCCAGCAGCCAUCCUCGUCUGCCCCUUCCCCGUAUAUCCGAAACCUUCAAGAAGGGUUACAAUCCAAAGGCAGGCCAGUAUCACCACAGAGCAGGGCAGGAGUCAGCAAGUCCCUAAGGGAGACUGUCGCUCAGCCGGGGUUGGUUAUGCAGCCCACCAAACAGGCACAGAUAGUGAAAACAAACCAACACCUGGGUUCUGGCCAGUCUGGCAUCAGAAACAGUAGUACAAAAAUGCAGGUCUCUUGUCAGAAUCCUCCUCCAAGCCCCAUGCCAGGCAGGAUCCCUGCAGCUCCUGCUGGGAGCAGAAACCAGCAUGUAGAGGGAGCAGGUACCUUUACUGUUGGAGCUGGUUCUAGCCACUUUGGGGAUCAGCUGGGCCCCAGCCAGAAUGUCCAGCUGCAGCGCAGUGAAAGUGGUGCUGCAUAUGCUCUGCCAAGCAAGGCGAAAACUGCCGAGAGGCUCCUGUCCCAUGCCUCUGUGGCUGUGGAUGUAGCCCCUCCAAGCCAGGGCGGACCAGUGGGCUGCGGCGAAGCACGACACCCAGCUUCCCUCACCAGCUCAGGCUCCUCUGGUUCUCCAUCUAGCAGUAUAAAGAUGUCAAGUUCAACCAGUAGUUUGACUUCAAGCAGUAGUUUUUCAGAUGGCUUCAAGGUCCAAGGACCAGAUGCUCGAAUUAAAGACAAGGUUGUGAGCCAGGUGCAGAGCAGCGCCACUGAGCAUAGGCCCCGCAGUACUCCAUUCAUGGGGAUCAUGGACAAGACGGCAAGGUUCCAACAGCAGAGCAACCCUUCAAACCGCACCUGGCACUGCCAGGUGGCAGAGGGGCUACUGACGGGCACAUCCCCCGCUGCAGCUGGCCUGCAGUGCUCUAACUCUGAGAAGCCCUCUCUCAAAAAAGGAGGAUAUACCAGCCAAGCCAAAACCUGUUCUGCCUCCACCCUGAGUGGCAAUGUCCACAAUGGGGCCCAGGUAAAGGAGCUAGAAGAAAACAAGUGCCAAAUUCCAGUCCACCGCCAAGACACGAGAGUAACUAAGAGCGUUUCUCAUCUUUACCCAGAAAGUAUCUCCAAGCCACCACCUCAUGUCAGUAAUGAAGCCCACAGGAGCCACCUCACUACAGCGAAACCAAAGCGAUCAUUCAUAGAGUCAAAUGUGUGAGCCUAAAGAGACUCAUUUGUAGGAUUUGGAAAAGUGUGUUGGCUCCUUGUGGUAAAUAAUUAAAUGGUUUUUCAUCAUAAAAAUCACUUUUUAGCCAUGUUUUUUUCUUUUUUUCCCAUCUAGGGUGGAUCAGAUGCAAUUGAUAUAUUAAAAAUAUAGAAUAAAACUUUAAUAAGUCACUAGAAGUCACCAUAAUAACGCUAAAUAGAACUGAAAACUACAGUUAGCUUUACCCAUCAAGUUAAAAAUUUAAGACAGUAAAGAAGAUGUCAACUUUUCUUAGGAAAAUUAUUUGAUUUUUAUCACUUUCCUCCUAGCCUUUGCUAUGUGGUAAAAUCAUGGUACUUAACAAUGGCCUUUUUUUUUUUUUUUUAACAAAAGGUUUAACUCAUCAUAUAAUAUCCUAAUGACAUAUUCUAGAAAAGAUGGAAUUUUCAAGUUACAGUUCCAUUGAGUCAAAUUCCAAUUUUAUUUUUACAUGUAUAUACAAUUAAAACCUGAGUGAUUUCUAGCUGAAUGUGUGUGACUAUAAAUAUAGCUUAUAUUUUCUUUUUUGUUCUUUAAGCAAAACAUGAAAGCAUCCAAGUAUUGUUCCCUUUAUAAAAGAAGUUCUUUUAAGAGGAUUAAACACUUAUUCCCACGUUACGGUUCUUAAUCAAAAUACUUUUAUAGCACCUUUUUUGAAACAAUAUUCAUGCUUCAAGGUGUUCUAAUAUGUGGAAACAGUCUAAGCUCUCUGGAACCUUGAUUGGUUGUCCUAAAUUGGAUUUGAGCUAAAAUACUAAGAGCAGCAUUCUUAGUAGCUAAUAGAUUCGGUCUCAACUGGUUCCAAACUGCUCUUAUCAGUGCUAAUGUUCCUUAAAAAAAACCUUCCAUCAUCCCUUAAGGACAGUGUUUAAGUUGGAUAUUUAAGGUAUGGUUGGUUGUUGCUUUUGUUAUACAAUCAUUACUUCAUAGUCACAUGUUGUAUAUAUUAAAUAGCCCAGCCUUAUUUGAACUUGUAAAUAUAACUAAGUAGUUAAUCUAAAACCAGAAGCAAACAAUAAAACCCCAGUCAUGUAUUUGCAUGUUCUUUGUAAAUUUCAUCCACGCUGGUUAUUGCACUGAAUGAUGUAUUAUUAUGGCAUGUUAACAGUAUAUCAGUAACGGCACUUUAUCUCAUUUAUAUAAGAACACCUUCGAGGUGCUACUUAAGUCCAAACUGAUGUAUUAUGCAUUUGUAAAGACAAGGUACAAGAAUGAACCUUGGUUCAAAGGUAUUUUUAUAUGAAAUUGUGUGCUAUUGGAGGAUGUUAAGAUACUAGGUUAAGAGAGGUGGAAGUAUAUUUGUUUUAUAUGUUGGGAUGUGAAAUUUAUUUUCUAGAAUUGGGGAAAAGGAAGUUCUAUAUUUGCAGAAUGUUUUAAAAAUGAAUAGUUAGGAAGUUCCUGUGAACAUCUUUAGGGUUUUGUAUGAAUAGGAACUUCCUAGUGUCAUUCUUCAACAUUUGUUCCUGCGUGUGUGUACAGUGUGCUUUGUAUAAACAGCUUUAUCAUUUUUAUAGGCUUUCCAUGAGUUCUUCUAUAACUACUAUAGCUUAUUUAUUGUUUAUUAUUUUCUUUAAUAUUUGUGAAAGUCUUACUCUUUUGUUAUGUAGUUUUGUUUCUGCACAACUACUGUACUUUUCCAUAAGGAAUAAAGGCCAUUACUAGA